AGUGAAGUGGAAGAUAUGAUAUGGGAAACGGACGAAGAUGGCGAUGGAAUGAUAGAUUGGGAAAACUUUGUCCUCCUCUACGGAAGAGCACGUUGCGACAAGAAGUCGAAGGAGCCUCGCCGGCUGUUCAACUUGAUCGACUUCAUGAUGUGCGAUAAGGCAAGUGAUGCGGGCGGGACGAUAGACGAGGACGAGUGUUUGGAGAUCCUGUACAGGAGGUACGGCAAGCGAGCCAUGGAGAAACUACAGGAUAAGGUCUUGGCAUCUGCCUAUUAG